GGAGUCUCUACUUCAAAAUAGAGUUAGCUGCAUCUGUCAACCACAAGACGAGAGCUGCUUCUUCCCGUCACUGGACAUGGAUCCCUGCGGACUGGUUCUUCUCCUGCUGUUGAUGGCUAGAAAUGGGUCGUUUCAACAAGAGGGGGUUUGUUCCAAGACUUUAAUCAACUCCUGCAACGACUGUAUCCAAUCUGGACCCUUCUGUGUGUGGUGCAAACAGCUGAACUUCACCAGCGCUGGUGAGCAGGAAGCUGUUCGCUGCAACACCAAAGCUAAGUUAAUAGCAAAAGGCUGCAGUAGCAGAGAAAUCGUAUUUCCUCAAAAUUUUCUGAAUGUUGAAAAGAAAGAGGCCCUCUCCACCCGGUUCAACCAGCAGGAGCCGGUCCAGCUGAGUCCCCAGAAGAUCCAACUGAGUCUGAGACCGGGACUCUCCGAGACGUUCAGUGUGUCAUUUAAAAGAGUAGAAGGUUAUCCCGUGGAUCUCUACUACCUGAUGGAUUUAUCUUACUCCAUGAAAGACGACCUGCAAAAUGUCAAAGAAUUGGGAGAAAAUCUUUUUGAAACUCUAAAACAAUUCACCGAAAAUGCUCAAAUAGGGUUUGGAGCCUUCGUGGAUAAAACCGUCCUGCCGUUCACUAACACCAACGAGCAGAAGCUGCAGAAACCAUGUGAUGAGGACUACAAGCAGUGUCAGGCUGCCUUUGGCUACAGACAUGUCCUCAAUCUGACAGCAAGCGAGAAAGACUUCAGAAAGAAGGUUAACGAGCAGUUCAUCUCCGGAAACCUGGACAUUCCUGAGGGAAGUCUGGACGCCAUGAUGCAGGCUGCCGUGUGCCAGGAUGUUAUCGGUUGGAGGAACAGCAGCACUCGGCUCAUUGUUCUGACCACAGAUGCUGGUUUCCACAUGGCAGGAGACGGUAAACUGGCCGGUAUCCUGGAGCCAAACGAUGAGAAAUGUCACAUGAAGAACAAUCUCUACACCCAGAGCAGUCAUACGGAUUAUCCGUCUGUGGGACAGCUGGCCAUGCAGCUUGGAAAAAACAACAUUCAGCCGAUAUUUGCAGUAACAAAUGAAGUGGUGAAAGUGUACCAGCAACUCUCCAAAAUGAUUCCUAAAUCUGAGGUCGGAGUUCUGUCAUCAGAUUCUCAAAACGUGGUUGAGCUGAUUGAAGCAGCGUACAAAAGGCUGUCCUCCAAAGUUACUCUGACCCACGAUAAUCUGCCUGAUGACGUCAGGGUCGUGUACACCCCUAUAUGUCCUAACGCUGGACCAGCAGGGGGCAGCGAAGGCGUUUGUGACAACGUGCCUGUGGGACAGGAAAUUAUGUUUAACGUCACGGUAACAGCGGACUCCUGCAUGACGGCGAAAACGUUCACGAUCAGACCUCUGGGAAUCAAAGACACUCUGACUGUGACUUUAACUACAGAAUGCGAGUGUCACUGUGAUGACUCGUUAAAGACAGACCAAGACCACUGCUCACGUAAAGGACGAGUCACCUGUGGGAUCUGCAGCUGUAAUGAAGGCUUCGUCGGUCAGUUCUGUAACUGUUCGGUUGGAGAUAAAGACGAGGAAUCACUGCGAGCUUUCUGUCGGAGGCAGAACGGCACGGAGUGCGAGGGCAGAGGAGACUGUGAGUGUGGUCGCUGUAAGUGUCACAACACCAAGACUGGAGGCACUUACUACGGGAAAUACUGCGAGUGUGAGAACGAACACUGUGAGAAGUUCCAGAACAAGCUGUGUGGAGGAAACGGGAGAUGCCUCUGUGGGACGUGUAAAUGCAACUCAGGCUACGAGGGCACUGCCUGUCAGUGUAAAAAGUCUGAAGAAGAAUGUCAAACCGCCAACAAAACAGUGUGCUUCGGCAGAGGAAAGUGCAAGUGUAACCACUGCGAGUGUAACGAGGGAUACCAGCGACCACUGUGCCGGGACUGCUUCGGGUGUCCCGACCCCUGUCAGACCAAAGUGAACUGCAUCGAAUGCCAGGGCUUUGAGUCUGGAGCCUUUAAGAAGAACUGCAGCGUGGCCUGCAUCAACAUCACUUCUGAGAAAGUUGAACAAUUCACCAUAACUAGCAAACAGUGCCAGCACAAGGACUCCGAGGGCUGCUGGAUCAAAUUCAGGCUGCAUCAGUUAAUCGGAGAGGAUAACUACAAGGCGGAGAUUCUGUCUCGGAGAGACUGUCCAGAACCGCCCAAUGUCAUAGCCAUCAUCUCAGCGGCUGUUGCUUCUGUUGCCCUGAUUGGCAUCCUGCUACUGAUGCUCAUCAAGUCCCUCAUCUACUUUAAGGAUCUUAAAGAGUUCAAGAAGUUUGAAAAUGAAAAGAAGAAAUCCAAGUGGGCAGAGGCUGACAACCCUCUAUUCAAGGAUGCAACCACCACUGUCCAAAACCCAACCUUCACUGGAGAGUAACAACUGACCAUAGCAGUCGUCCUUGAAGAGAGACCACUGUAACUAACCCGACCUUGACUGGACAGAGACCACUGUGACUAACCCGACCUUGACUGGACAGAGACCACUGUGACUAACCCGACCUUGACUGGACAGAGACCACUGUAACUAACCCGACCUUGACUGGACAGAGACCACUGUGACUAACCCGACCUUGACUGGACAGAGACCACUGUAACUAACCCGACCUUGACUGGACAGAGACCACUGUGACUAACCCGACCUUGACUGGACAGAGACCACUGUGACUAACCCGACCUUGACUGGACAGAGACCACUGUGACUAACCCGACCUUGACUGGAGAAGAAGAGUGACGUUUAUUAAUAAAGUUUCAGUCAUGGUCCGUGUACGAAGUAUAAUUUAUUUGAAGUAGUUCAUGUUGUAGGGUUCGUUAAAUUUACAGAGCAGAGAAUUCAAUAUUUAAUGGAUGCAGUGUGGACAGCGAGCAUGCAGACAGCGAGUGUGCGAUCAUGUACGACGCAACAUAUAACGCUCACGUGCUGUUAAGUAUGGUGCUGAGUCGGCUGUGAGGGAAUGAGUUAACGUGCGUCAACAUAUAUAAGCAUUUGCCAAGUCGGACAAUGAAAUUAGGCAAUACCCCUUAAACUGGCAUGUUUCAUUAUACAACAUAGACUAGAAUAUAAUUACUUUAUUGAUCCCAAACUGGGAAAUUGUGGAAACAUGAACUACUGCAAAUGAAUUGAACACGGAUCAGUUAUGUUAGCUUACAUAGCAAUGGUAUAUAAAAUGCCAACACAGCCUCUUGUGUAAUGCCAAAAAAUGAUUAUUUUUAAUGAUUUAUGUACUAGUUUAUGUUGAUUUGCUCAAUGAACAAUAACUAAUUUUAAGGUUGUUACAUAUUAUAUUUCUUAUUGCAAUCAAUUGCUAAAUUUCAAUAAUUAAUCACGAUUAUUCACGUUUUUAAACUCAUGUUUGAAAUUCCAUUAUUUUGCAUUUAGAAAUAAAAUAGUUAGGCUUUUA